ACGGCGCGCCUUCGCCUCCUUGUGGUUCUUGAGCCCUGCGACGCGCCGUAGGAGCGUUGCUAUAGCGACAGCGGCCUGGUUUUGAAAAGCGGCGCUCCGAAGCCUGGGCUGCUGUGGUUUUGGAAACAAGACUGAGGCAUUUGAGGCAGCGAUGUCUUUCCGCGACCUCCGUAAUUUCACCGAAAUGAUGAGGGCUCUGGGAUAUCCCCGGCUCAUCUCCAUGGAGAAUUUUCGCACUCCAAACUUCAUGCUGGUUUCUGAGAUACUCCUUUGGCUGGUGAAAAGAUAUGAGCCUCAGACCGAUAUCCCCUCAGAUGUGGAGACAGAGCAAGAUCGGGUCUUCUUCAUUAAGGCGGUCGCUCAGUUUAUGGCAACCAAAGCUCACAUCAAGCUCAACACCAAGAAGCUGUACCAGGCCGAUGGCUACGCGGUGAAGGAGCUGCUGAAGGUCACUUCCAUGCUUUACAACGCCAUGAAGACCAAAGGCCUCGACGCUGUCAACGUGGAUGAGGAUGAUGUGGGGAAGUUCAAGUUCGACCUUGGCUCGAGAAUUGGCGAGCUGAAGGCAACCAGGCAGCUGGCCUCCGAGAUCACUUCCAAAGGCGCCUCCGUCUACGACUUGCUGGGCAAAGAAGUGGAGCUGAGGGAAAUGAGAACCGAAGCGAUUGCCAGACCUCUGGAGAUAAACGAGACGGAAAAGGUGAUGAGAGUCGCUAUCAAGGACAUCUUGGAACAGGUCCAGAAAACCAAAGACUUGCUCAGCAAUGUGGCUGCAGACGAAACCAGCUUGGAAGCCAAGAUCGAAAAGAAGAAGGCGGAGCUGGAACGGAGCCAGAAGCGGCUGCAGACCCUCCAGAGCGUUCGCCCAGCCUUUAUGGACGAAUAUGAGAAGAUUGAGGAGGAGCUGCAGAAACAGUACAGCUAUUACCUGGAGAAGUUUCGGAAUCUGGCCUACCUGGAGCAGCAGCUGGAUGACCAGCACCGCAUGGAACAGGAGAGAUUUGAGGAAGCAGAGAACACCUUGCGUCUGAUGCAGAACAAGCUGAAGGAGGAAGAGAAACGCUUACUGAAGACUGGAAGUAACGAGGACUCAGACAUUGAGAUCCACGAGGACGAGGGGUCCGACAGCGAGAUGGACGAGCAGCAGCUCAUGAAGCAGCACACGGCCAUGGAGAUGCUGAUGCAAGGGAGACCCAACAAGCGAAUUGUGGGCACCAUGCAAGGCGGUGACACGGAUGAUGAUGAGGAUUCUGAAGACAGUGAAAUCGACCUGGAUGACGACGACGAAGAUGAUGAGGACCUGGAAGACGACAGCAUCGACAUCGCCCCCAACAAGACAAGCCGAAGGGUCAGGAAGCCGGAGCCACUGGAGGAGAGCGACAACGAUUUCUGAGCCCCGCCCCCCAGGAAACAGAUCGGAUUGAACCCCGCCGCGCGCUCGUGGCAAGUUUUAUCCGUCUCGCACAGAAGCCGCCACCCGGGACUCUACUUUCAGAGGGCCAGCAGAAGCAUUCCGCAGUCUUUUGUUGCCCGCGAGCCAGACUGUCCUGCUACAAGCAUGUUUUCUUCAAAUAAAUGGCUACUUCUC